UCCCUGCAGUGUGACUCAACCCUCUGGCUUGUGAGAAGAGAUUUUCUGUGCUUUCAUGGCAAACCUUCAGAAAGUUGAUCACAGGGGGGAGAUGGGGAACGGCAGGGCCUAUCUGAGGACAAGAAAGGAACAUCUGAUCCAUGAGUCCCUCCAAGCCCUGGAAUUCGCCUACUGCCCCUACAGCAAGUUUCGUGUGGGGGCAGCUGUACUGGCUCAUGAUGGGACCAUUUUUACAGGUUGCAAUGUGGAGAACGCUUGCUACAACCUGGGUAUUUGUGCAGAGCGGAUUGCCAUUUCAAAAGCUGUGUCAGAGGGACAUCAGAAGUUCAUGGCUAUAGCAAUUGCAAGUGACCUACGUGAGAAGUUCAUUUCACCGUGUGGAGCCUGCCGACAGUUCAUGAGGGAGUUUGGUGACAGCUGGGAUGUGUACAUGACCAAACCGGAUGGGUCCAGUGAAGAGAUGACCGUGGGAGAACUCCUGCCGGUGUCCUUUGGGCCUGAAGAUCUCACAAAGAACAAAGUGCAUGCUAUUCAGAAGUUUUAGGGUGUCAACAGCACAAAGCACAAAUCUGGAAUUCAAAACUGUCCAAAAUAAAGCCAUUCUUAAGCA